CAAUCCACGACACAACCCAAAAUGUUCAGGUCGACCCUCCGUUGCUGCCAACAGGCACUGGCUUCUGCGUCCACACCUGCAGCAAGGCAGCAACCAGCCUAUUUUGUUCAGCGAAACGCGAAUGGCAACCUCCCAGUCUAUACCGACGUCCGCAACGCGGGUUCGCGAAUUCUAGUGCAAAUCAGGAAUGUGGACGGCAGCGUAGAGGCGUUGGCAAAGGAACUGUCUGAAUCCUUGUUUGAACCGGGGACACGGGAAGCAAGGAAACUCGCUGUGCGGACUAAGCACCAACACAUUGUGAUUGCUGGCGGGCGGUGGAAACAAGAAGUUGUGGAGUGGCUGAAGGCUAGAGGAUUUUAGUGUGUUUCCAAGACACGACUAUUCCAAUUGUGUUCGCUGUUGAAGACGUUGAGCACGAGCACACCAUACUUCGUCACUCAAAUGUUAUGCAAGUUUUGCGCACUGCUUCCGCCAAUUUGACCUUAGGUUAGGGUUGCGUUGUAACUUAACGGAACGGGCAUCCGGUCUUGCUUAUAAUCGAACAAAUAAUCGAUCC